UAGAAGAGUCCGCCCCGCCCUUGGCCAGCCUCUCUCCCUUACCCACGCCGGGCGAGAUUGUCAAGCAGAGCAUGGCGAGUCGGGAGAAGGCGAAUGUCGAGGGCCACAUGUUCGACGUAGUCGUUAUAGGAGGUGGCAUCUCAGGAUUGUCUGCUGCUAAGCUGUUAGCUAAAUAUGAAGCUAAUGUUUUGGUUUUAGAAGCCCGGGACAGAGUUGGAGGUAGAACGUACACUGUAAGGAACGAACAUGUUGAUUACGUAGAUGUUGGUGGGGCUUAUGUGGGGCCAACCCAGAACAGAAUCUUAAGGUUAUCUAAGGAGCUGGGUUUAGAAACUUACAAAGUGAAUGUAAAGGAACGUCUUGUACAAUAUGUCAAGGGGAGAACUUACCCAUUUCGGGGUGCCUUCCCUCCAGUAUGGAACCCCAUUGCAUAUCUGGAUUACAACAAUCUCUGGAGGACAAUGGAUAACAUGGGAAAGGAGAUUCCAGCUGAUGCACCAUGGGAUGCCCCGCAUGCUGAAGAAUGGGACCGGAUGACGAUGAAAGAUCUCAUUGAUAAAAUCUGCUGGACAAACACUGCUAAGCAGUUUGCAUCUCUCUUUGUGAAUAUCAAUGUGACCUCUGAGCCCCACGAGGUGUCUGCCCUGUGGUUUUUGUGGUAUGUGAAGCAGUGUGGUGGCACCACCCGGAUAUUCUCGGUUACCAACGGGGGCCAGGAAAGGAAGUUUGUAGGUGGAUCUGGUCAAGUGAGUGAACGUAUAAUGAGCCUCCUCGGAGACAGAGUGAAGCUGAAGAGUCCUGUCACCUAUGUUGACCAGUCAGGUGACAACAUCAUCAUAGAGACAUUGAAUCAUGAAGUUUAUGAGUGCAGAUAUGUAAUUUGUGCCAUCCCUCCAACUUUGACGACCAAGAUCCACUUCAAACCAGAGCUGCCACCUGAAAGAAACCAGUUAAUCCAACGUCUUCCAAUGGGUGCUAUCAUUAAAUGCAUGAUGUAUUACAAGGAGGCCUUUUGGAAGAAGAAGGAUUACUGUGGCUGUAUGAUCAUUGAAGAUGAGGAAGCCCCAAUUUCAAUAACCCUGGAUGACACCAAGCCAGAUGGUUCGUUGCCCGCUAUCAUGGGAUUCAUACUUGCUCGAAAAGCUAUCCAACUGUCUAAACUCCAUAAAGAUGAAAGAAAGAGGAAAAUCUGUGAGCUGUACUCCAAAGUUCUGGGAUCCGAAGAAGCUUUACAUCCGGUGCACUAUGAAGAAAAGAACUGGUGCGAAGAGCAGUACUCAGGAGGCUGCUACACGGCCUACUUCCCCCCUGGGAUCAUGACUCAAUAUGGAAGGGUGAUUCGCCAACGAGUAGGCAGGAUUUUCUUUGCUGGAACGGAGACAGCCACACAAUGGAGCGGUUAUAUGGAGGGAGCAGUAGAAGCCGGAGAACGGGCAGCUAGAGAGAUCUUGAAUGCUUGGGGCAAGGUGGCAAAACAAGACAUACAUAUUCAAGAACCUGAAUCAGAGGACGUUCCAGCUGUUGAAAUCACCCACACCUUCUGGGAGAGGAACCUGCCUUCGGUGCCAGGCCUCCUGAAGAUUGUUGGAUUUUCCACAUCAGUAACUGCCUUGUGUUUUCUGGUGUACAAAUUUAGGCUGCUGACACGAUCCUGAAGUGUCAGGCUCAUACUUUCUGCUUACUCUUUUCCAGUACCAUCAGAAGUGAAAUGUUGACAAGUUAAUUUAAUGGCAAUGUUACUAGACCAUCUUUAAGUGCAUUGGAUGUAACCCCUCAGUUUAGUCCUAGUGUUAACGUAAAAACAACUUGCAGAAUCACCUCAUUAAAAUCAGUAAGAUCAAGCUCCAUCUUAUUUGUCUGUGUAGACUGAUUUGUCUGGAUGGAUAAAAAAAAAAAAACAAGCCUUGUGAUCAAUUUCUUAAUUUCAAGUUAAAGUGCUCAUCGGAAACAAUGUCUGUGUCCUCUUUUUCUCCCCUUUAACAUAAAAUGCCUGAUGAGUGCAGAAAUGAAGCAUUUAACUUUCUGUAGAGGUUGAGUAGGUGAAGGCCCAGCCUGUAACUGACCUUUUCAGUCCUUAGGAAAUAGUGAAGUGUAGGUCCGGAGCCCACAGGCUCACAGCUUCCGGCGUGAGCAGCUGUCACUUUGGAUGAUGGUGUAGUACAUGAAAGCAGUGGAAGCAGACCAGGAGGGAGACAUUUUGUGGGCUGUUGCCUCAGGAAUCUCCUGACCACUUCUAAUUCCUGUGAAGUUUCUAGACACCUAGUCAUAGCAUUAGCUUCUUUGUAUAUUUUCCCCUUUUGCUUCAGAUUACAGUGUUAACCAAAGCAUAAAUGAUUAAAUUUACUUGCUGCAACUUUUGUGCAGCUCCCCAGGUGAGCAGAGUAAACUAGUGGCAGGACUGUGUCCAGGAGGCGUCCCUGACUAGCUCUGCAUGAGACAUCUUCUCUUCCUCCUGGAGGAUGGCUAGAUAUCACUUUACUCAUCAUCAUCGAUAACAUUCUCUACAGAUUUCACGAAAGCAGUAUUUUCCUUUUUUUUCCAGGUAGACCCUGGCUCUUUGAAGGCCCCUAUUAUAUAUAUAUAUAUAAUUUUCCUAUGACCAUAGUAGAAUGAGGCAUAUCUGUUAACUUAAAUGUAUCUUCAACACAGCUACCUUUGAGUAAAUAUUAGCAUGCCAGUUUCUCUCAAAUAACUGAAAUACGCAUUAUAAAUGUCAUAUUGUUAUUUGUUGAAACUAUCAAAUACAGAAAGGAAAUUAGGGCUCUACAUUAUAAAUUCAUUUACUUUAUUAAGUUUUAUAAAAAAAAAUUGAGUGAUUUCACAUAUGAAAACUAAGUUCUCUAAGGAGUAAUGUGGGCCAGGAACAGUGUCUACCUCUUUUCUUUCCCAUUUUAAAAACUGUCAGUUUUUUAAAGCCCCUUCCAAAGGUUUCAGCCAUAAAACACUUCUUUUCUUAGUAUAAAUAUGUGGGAAAAUAUCAACACAGAUGUGAUCAAAGAAAGCAGUUGAGAAGAUUCAGUGGACUCAGGUACACAGGUGGUAGAUACACAGUAAUACCCUAUCCCACAUCAUUGAAUGAGCAUUUCAUUUUAAAUGAAGUGUCUAGAUAGCUGAAGCUUACUCUUAUGUGCCAUGAAUUAUCAAUAAAAAUUUUAAUGUACAUUAUUAAGCAAGCUAAAAUGCAAAUUAAUCUUUUUUUAUUAAUCAGGUCAAUCAUUAUGUGCCUCAAUUAUACUUUUAUAAUAGAGUGAUACCAUUGUGUUUGCCCCUCUACAAAAUGUCACAUGAUUGUUUUGUAGCUGUUGAGUCUACUGCUCCUUCUAUCUUCUCUCAUAUUCAGUAUUUUAUUUUGUCUUCUGGUUAUCUCCUAAAACCCCUGAACCUAAUUUAUAUUUAUAUAUUUUUAUUAGUUUCAGGUGUAUAAAACAACAUAGUGAUUAGACAUUUACACACCUCACAAAGUGAUAAACUAAUCCAUUUUUUAUUGAAUGGGCAUUAAAGAUUGCCAGAGGAAACCAACCCAAGUUUAUUACAUAAUUAACCUUAUCAUAAACCCAAAAUUAAGUCAUGGCCCUGGUGUGAGGACUUAGGUAUUUGUUUUGCCUAUCUUAAGAGCAAAGAGCAGGAUUUUUCUGGCACUCUUUACUUUUCAAUUGAAAAUUGUUUUAGCUAACUUAGGACUUUGGCAAUGUCUUGGAUAUGCUCCAGUACAUGAGGAGUUAUCACAUAUUAUUCCAAACUGCUUUGAUAAAUCACAUCCCUGAUUUAUUUCAGUUGUUCCUGUUCACCUACUGAUGAACUCAGUUCUGACACACCUUUUGGGGAAAACUUCUGAACUGGCAACAGUUUUAAUAGUAAUCAGGUGGUUAAUAUAUCCAAGUCUUGAAUGUUGACAAACUGAGUAUGUGGUCUACCCUCAAACUUUUUAGAAAACCAAUUAAUUUAUCCUAAUUAGAUCAGCCCUAUUAAGCUACAGAUUGAAUAUCAAAAUGAAUGCCAGUCCAGAUGUGCAUGGACAUGAAAUCGGAGCUGAGAACUCCCACCAUAUAGGAGAUCGUUCAACACCAAGAUACCAAAGGUCUUUUUUCCAACCCAGAGAAACUAGUCAGUUUUAAGCAGGUGGUAGAGCAUGGCCCUGUUAAGGCAUCCAGGCUUCACAGUUCUGGAGGCUGAACUGGCCUCACUCCAUAGUAAGAUCGAGAGUUAUAUUUUAAGAGUUAACCUUUUUGUCACAAUUGUUAAAUAAGGACUUAUAGUACACCAAGGAAAAAAAUAUCAAAGGAUUGUCAACUACAUUUAGUUUGUGAACUUGAUGCCUAAUGUUCUGUCUAAAAUGUGCCCCAGUGCUACACGUGGGAGUAUGCAUAUGUGCGUGUUUUGCUAUUGAAGUACGAUUUUGCCUGUAUGGUAGUUUUGUUUAUUAAUAAAGUCCACUACCA